AUGAAGCACUCUGUCUUUUCUCUGCUCAUGGGGAUCGCAGCUGUUGCUGCAGUGCCAACACACGGGCAUCGGCGCUCAUCGCCAACUUAUUUCUUCACUUUUGGCGACUCUUACUCGAUGACUAGUUUCAAUGUUGAAGGUACACAGCCAUCAGCUUCAAAUCCCAUGGGGAAUCCUACACUUGGAACGGGAGCUACUGGAGGCGGCAUCAAUUGGAUUGGAUACUUGACGACUACGGAUAACCCCUCUCUCGUCCUAAGCUACAACUUGGCUAUAGGUGGUGCAACCAUUGACAACGCUAUUCUCAAUUCUGGAUAUCCGGACAUGACCGGUCAAGUUGCCACCUUCCAAAGCAACUACAGCAGCAAGCCCGCUUCUGCACCUUGGUCUUCUUCCGAUUCCGUCUUUGGCUUUUGGAUUGGGAUCAAUGAUGUUGGCUGGGGCUUCGGAGGUUACGAUGCCAGCGUUCUCGUACCAACACUCAUGGCCCAGUACAAGUCUCUUGUCGAGGAAAUAUAUGCAGACGGUGGGCGCCGAUUCCUCUUCGUAAAUGUUCCCCCGGCGAGUCGGAGUCCAUAUAUUCUCGACCAAGGGGCAAGUGUGUCACAAAAGCAUGCCACCUGGACGACUGCGUAUAAUAAAGGUCUUGCCUCGAUGCGUGCCGAGUUCGAGGAUGCUCAUGAUGAUGUUGAGACUGUUCUCUAUGACUCUUGGACUUUCAUGACAAAGAUCUUGAAUAGCCCCACGAAAUAUGGAUAUACAAACGCCACUUGUAUCAAUGACGAUGGGGAGAGCUGUGUGUGGUGGAAUAACUACCACCCAGGGCAGAAGUACCAUAGAUUGCAGGCGGCCGAUAUGAAGAGGAUCCUACAUCGCUUUGGGGCGUGGUAG